UUUCAGCUAUGAAAUUUUACCUCUUUGUGUCUCUGCUGAUUGUUGAAACUUUUGCAGCUUCUCGACUCUAUGAGAUGCAAAAAUUCGACAACUGCCAAGUAAGUCAUGCAAUACAAAUGCGUCUUUUUGUUAAUAACGGUUCAGCAGUUCCUGAUAAAAUUGCUUUUGGUGGAUAUUUGGAAGUCACAGAGAAGAUUCUUGGCCCAAUUGAGUUCACACUAGAUUCAAAUCGAUGUGACUUUGCGAUGAAAAAAUGUGAGAAGUUUUCAAUAAUGAAGAUUCCAGGUGUUUGUGACAUAAUAAACAGCAAGAAUGGAAUUAUUGAAGAUUUAUUGAAAACUUUUGAACCACGAAUACAAUGUCCAAUUAUGCCAGGAAAUUAUACAGCAAAAGAUUCAGUUCUUGAUCUAACAGUAGUUUCAGGAUUUCCAACAAAUGGAUUCGUUUGGGUUGAGACCAUUAAGGGAGUUUCUGGAGAUGGAAAAAAUCGAAAGCUUGUCUUUUGUGCAAAUGUUGAAGCUAAAAUCACAAGCGUUAGAGAUAAGAAGAGAAAGAAUUGAGCUAAAACUGACGUUGUACAUGUUUGCGACAGAUUUUAUAGCUGUAAAUUGAAAGUUUUGAAAUAAAUC